UUAUUUAAUUUAGCAUUCAAGUAUUUUUUUUUUACGAGAUAUUUAUUUAGCAAACCCUGAAAUAUUUAUUACAGUCCCGAUAUUUUAUCUAUGUUACUAAUAACCACCCAAUAUCAUGAUAUAUUUUUUUUUUUUACAUACAUGUGCAGACAAUCAAUUAUAUCUGCAUAAUAAAAUCAUAUCUUUGAUAUCUUAUCAAAUUUUUGUCCACUUUCAUUUGCUUCCACUUUCUUUUAUUUUAUUUGUCCACUUUCUUUUGUUUCCAUUUAUUUUUGUUUUUAUGCAGUCAAAUUCCACUACACCAGAUCAGCCAAGUUUUCCACUACACCUAACAAAUCAGUCAAAUUUUCCUUCACUCACUACUCCACCAAAUUUCUUUCAUCGGCUCUCCAAAAUCAUUUCACCAGAAAUCUCCCCAAACUCAUUUCACCAGAAAUCUCCCCAAACCAAAGCAAACAUCCAUCUGUGUAUCAACAACAAAUCAGUGAAAGGUUUUGUAGACCGUGAGGACUAGCGCUGCUAUAUCAAUUCAGAGUUAAGAAUAAACGACAGGCAUUGCCUAAUCAGGUUGAUUGGUCGGUGCUGACGGGGCAGAGCUGAGGCUAGGGUUCAACUCCGUAUUUUGUUUUCCGCUGUUGCACUAGCUCUUAUUUGUCUUUUAUUUCUCCAACUUAAGACUUUUAUGUUAAAUUCUGAAUUAUGUUUUCUUAUCGAGCUUAAACUCUCAACUUCUAGCUCUAUGUUAUUAACGUUGGUUAUCGGAAGCAUGAAACCGAACUUGUGAUCCUAAGGCUUAGAAUGUUGUUGAUUGAUUAAUAUCACUUGAUUUUUGUCUUUCUUCACUCAAAGGGCGUUCCCCGACUUUUUAUCCUAUUAUUUGAAUUCCACAAGGUUCUUUCCUUGUUUAUUUCUAUGAUUUUAGUCGCACCUCGAUUAUAGUUUAUUCCUUCAAGAAUUGGGGUGUUACAGAAUGGUAUCAGAGCAUAAGUUUUCUUUCAUGUCUCUGAUAACCGUAAGCUUCUAAUGUCGAGUCUAGAAUAGUACCUCUAGGCUUCUAAGAAAAUUUGUUGACCCUCAGCUCGCCGUCACACUGCCGCAACAAAAGGUACGACUUAAAAAUUUCAAUGAUUUUAAAUGCUUUCAAAGUUUUUAAGAAGUGCGCGCUUUCAAUGUAUGAUGUUAUAUGAAUUGCUUAUCGCUUUCAUAUUGUUAUUUUGAGCCUUUAACUCAUAUAACCAAUGUAUGUAUGUAUGUCGUGUUUGGGACUACCCGAGCCCUUAACGAAUCAAUGAAUUUAUGGUCGAGUUAGAUUUCAUUAAUCUUUCCGGAUUAAGAAAAUUUUUAUGAAAGGGGCAUUUAUUGUCCAUAUGUUUAAAGGUUUCAAAAGAAACAAAUGAUUAAAUGAAUGAAAAGUUUUAUGUUAUCGUGUUAGGUCCACUGCCUGUACGAUAUGAAUGAUGAGUCUCUUACAAAUCGUUUGAGUACUACCCAAGGAUACUUUAGAAAUGUUAGUCGUGAAAGCUCCGCUUGAUCGAUUUAAGUAAGGAAUGAUAAGAUAGCAACGUUUAACAUAGAUAUGUUACAACGUAGAAGAAAUGUCAUGAGAUUAAGGUUUCACUUAAGUUAUUCCACUUAAGUUUAGAUUAGUUUCCACGUAGAACUAGUCUUUCACAUGGUUACACUAUAGAAGCGAUAUAUCUCGUGUAUAUCUAUAUAUGUAUGUAUGUAUGUAUGUAUGCCGAAUGAGUCUCUUUGUCUGCUGAUUCUCGUCCGUCAAUCAGAAUGGAAGGUGCACCAAGAGGACGUGGUAGAGGGCGCGGACGUGGCCGUGGGCGCGGUAGGGGAUUUGUACCCGAAGAGCCUAUUCCACAAGUAGCACCAAAUCGCACAGCCGAGGAAAAGUUUCGCAAGGAAAAACCUCCAACGUUUGAUGGAUUGGGCGAACCUGCGGAUGCCGAGAAAUGGGUUAGGGCAAUAGAACGGAUCUUCAACUACAUCCGUUGUGACGAUGAGGAUAAAGUGGCAUGCGCAACUUAUCAGUUGGUGGACGAAGCUGACUUUUGGUGGGAGUCAGUGAGGCGGACUAUGACUGACGAACAGUGGGAGAAUUUCACAUGGGAAGAAUUCAAGGCUGAAUUGUAUGAGAAGUAUAUACCAGGAUGUUACCGACAAAAGAAACAGAACGAGUUUUGGAAUUUGAGACAGAAAACGGGAACUGUGACCGAGUAUGAUAGAGCCUUCAAUCAGCUAUCAAGAUAUGCUCCGACGUUGGUGGACAGCGAUGAGAAACGCGCAGAGAAGUUCAGAAACGGACUGCGUCACGAGAUAGCGAUUUCCCUAGCAAGUCAAGGGGGUCUCACCUACGCGCAGACAUUGAGCAGAGCCCUCACUAUUGAGUCAUUGUUGCCAAGGGAGAAAGGAAAAUCCCCCGAACAGUUUGGAUUUGUACCAUCUCAAGAUGGUAGUAAGGGAAAGAGAAAAUGGAAUGAAGGGACUGGUGGAAACAUUGGAAAUGGGAAGAAACCAUGGACGGCAAAUCAAAAUCAGAAUCAACAUCAGAACCCACAACCUCAAGCAAUAGUUCAAACUCCUUGCCCAAAAUGUCAAAAACUCCAUCCGGGAGAAUGUCUGAAAGGAAUGAACGUCUGCUAUAACUGCGGAGAGGCCGGGCAUUAUGUCUCGACAUGCCCAAAGAAGGGAGGAGGAGCACCCCAACAACAAAAUCCUGGAAACCAACAACGACAAAACCAAGGUCCUAGAGGAAAUCAGAACCAACCACGAUACGCUAGGGCCUAUGCCCUUAACCAACACCGAGCAGCAGGAGAUCACGGAAACCUGGCAGGUUGAUUGGUCGGUGCUGACGGGGCAGAGCUGAGGCUAGGGUUCAACUCCGUAUUUUGUUUUCCGCUGUUGCACUAGCUCUUAUUUGUCUUUUAUUUCUCCAACUUAAGACUUUUAUGUUAAAUUCUGAAUUAUGUUUUCUUAUCGAGCUUAAACUCUCAACUUCUAGCUCUAUGUUAUUAACGUUGGUUAUCGGAAGCAUGAAACCGAACUUGUGAUCCUAAGGCUUAGAAUGUUGUUGAUUGAUUAAUAUCACUUGAUUUUUGUCUUUCUUCACUCAAAGGGCGUUCCCCGACUUUUUAUCCUAUUAUUUGAAUUCCACAAGGUUCUUUCCUUGUUUAUUUCUAUGAUUUUAGUCGCACCUCGAUUAUAGUUUAUUCCUUCAAGAA